AUGCUGAAGGCCUCGUUAUCCCCAUUCCUAUCUCGCUGGUCGCUGUUGAAAGCAACACCGCGUAGAAAUUCAAGCUCUAUAAAGACUUUGCAGCAAGCUUUUCGUGACCCUUCUUCUCCGUAUCAUAUUCCUUUGGGAAGCAAAGGUCCUUCCCAUCCUGAUGAAAUUCCUUCAGAAACUCUCUCUGCAGCGGAACAAGGACGCGCAAAACUAACAGCGCAGGGAUUUGAUCCUACUAGCUUUUGGGAUCAGCCCAUCGUAUGGGGAGACCAUGAUGCGUUCCAACAUGUGAACAACGUUCGAUACGUCCGUUUCUUUGAGUCUGGUCGCAUGCAAUGGAUAAGUGCGAUUGGAAAUGCGCUGGGGGGACCAGACAAGGCGCAGAAGAUGCUUUCUGCUCAAGGCGUCUCCUUCAUUCUGAAGUCAAUUGAUGUCAAGUUUCGCCGUCCCGUCAGAUUCCCUGACACGCUGCUCAUCGCACACAAACCCGCGCCAUUCGUGUCCUCUUCUCCCUCUUCCAGAUCUUCAUUGUCACCUCCGCUUGAACGGACUCAGUUCCUUCUUCAUGCAACCGCGUACUCGUAUGCUCAGGGCAGCGCUGUUGCCGACUCGACAAGCGUGAUUACCUGGUACGACUACGAUAACCUGAGGAAAUGCGACCCCGGAGACGAGGCUUGGGCACCGAUUCUGGAGAGGAUGAAGUAA